AUGGUACAGGGUUCCAUACGUCCUGAACAAGAUGAACCCCAAUAUUCCAGCGGUGUGCUGGAGAUGCGGUUCCGCAGUGGGCACGAUGUUGCACAUCUUCUGGAGCUGCCCCUCAUUGGGUUUUGGGCUGAGGUGAGGGAUAUUAUCAACCAAUUGGUGACACCAGAAUUGGAUCUGACCCCGGAGGUGUUCCUCCUGCACAUGACCAGUUUAUCGAGGCGUAAUUACAAGGCGUCGCUAUCGAUACGCUUGUUAAACGCUGCCAAAGCAUUAUCAUCUAUGGAAUUGUUUACCUCUGAGGAGAUCCAGGCAGUCAAUGGAACAGACAUCCGUCUGAAAUGUAAAUUCAGUUCCUCUGCACCUAUAGGUGAGGAUGUUACAGUGUCCUGGACAUUCCGCCCUUUAGCAGGGGGCAGUGAAGAGUCUGUGUUCUAUUACCACAGGGAACCAUACCCUCCACACGAAGGACGUUUUGUAGGACGUGCAGUCUGGGAUGGAAAUAUUAAGCGCGGUGAUGGAUCUAUAAUAAUAAGGAAUAUCCAGCAAACAUAUAAUGGAACUUACCUCUGCCAAGUUAAGAACCCUCCUGAUGUGCAUGGAGAAAUGGGAGAAAUUAUACUCCAAGUGGUUGACAAAGUGAAGUUUUCUGAAAUCAUGUUGCUGCUACUGGUGAUUGCAGUUGGCAGUGUAGUGAUUAUUAUUAUUGUCCUGGCGGUGGUGUUGUUUCGAUAUUAUCGCAAGCAGAAGACUCACAGCACAACAAUGUCAGUAAUGGAAUGUAGGGAAAAGUUGACUGAGAAGCCACUUAAUCUGACAGAUGCUAAUGCAUGACUCCAAGAGGUUCCAUCCAGGAGGUUUUUGGAGAAAUGAUUGAGUCUACCUCCAGUCCUGUGAUUUGAAGAGCACACAACUUUCAUCACUGGAAGACAAGCAGAUGUUCUCUUCACCGGUGGAGAGCAAAGGCACCUUCUCAUAUCUUACUGCCUAUAAGACUUGCUAGAGUCUUGUUUUUAUUGAACCAGAUCCACUGUA